GAGUAAUGCGAUACGAGGUUCCAACCCCAUCAAAGGUCACACACCGGUAGAGCGCGGAAACUUCUGAUGAAGUUCAGAGUGCACUGCCACAGAGUGCGGAUAUUUUUUACUCAAGAGUCUGUGCAGUCAGUCACCCAGCUAGAUGUGCAGCAGAGAGAGUUGCUUACAGUCGACGAGGGCCAGAUUGUUGUUCACAGUGAAGUGACAGGGAAGGAUGUUAUGAGAYGCACGCUGUCAUCGUGUGACRAGCAUGUGUUGUAUGUUUAGGUAGAGCAGAGCGGUCACUGUCUCGUUCGGUUUGGCAUACAGUGUAUCAUUACAUUUACCCUGAUUGUUGUGCACUGCAAAGGGAUAUCAGGGGAGCUUCAGUUUCACGACAAAACUGAGAACUUUCAAGAUGAUSGUUUACUGUAUACCCACGAUCCUCCUCUCCCUCUGCCUCUCCAGUGCUGCAAACAUGAUAAGCUCCCACAACUGUAACGACAAGCUCAGAACGUUCAAUGUGGUCCGUGUGUCUGUCAACGGCACUGCAUCGGUCAGAUGCCCCAACCUGACAGGCAAGGACCAGGAGGAGAUGAGAUUCCACCUUUACCUGGGCUUGGUCGAGGUUGGCAACCACACUCACGACAAUGCUCACAAYCACAACUCCACAGAGRCCGUGAGUCCUGUUGGGRAGGGUCUGGGGCUGAGGGUGAACAAACAGGACCAUACGGUCAGUUUUGUCCUCUCUGGAAUGACCACGGAGCGCGCUGGAGUCUAUACCUGUGAGGGGCACCCCAUGUACCCACCUCCCAUUGAGAAAGUACCAGACGAGCCUCAGACCUUGGUCCUGGUUGAAGCUCUCCAGUGCCAGGCAAGGAAGACUGUGGGAUGUGUCGAUUCUGGAGAUGAUGGUGUCCCUGCUUGGGCAUGGGUGCUGGGGUUCUGGGUCACCACCAUCUAUGGCCUKGUUGUCACGGUCAUCGCCUUUGCCAUCCGGCUCAGACUGAGGAGAGUGGAGUGUUCCCAGAGCGACUACAUGAGUACCAAACCCAGAGCUCCACUCGGGUGGCCCAGGAAGAAGCAGGGGGUCCAGCAUCCAAUCCGAAUGGGACGAUACUGAUCACGGUCAUCCUCAGAUCAGUCAUUCUCAUACAAAAGCUACACGAGAGUUGAGCCUUUAUUGGCMCUUGAGAGCUGACUUCGGAAACCCACCAAGUUCUUUAUGUAAACCAGUUCUUCAAGUCACAUGGUGUACAUCUAAAUUGUACAACUGAUUGUGUGUAAAUAAAGAUUGAGUUAUCUUA